CUUCUAUUCCUCCUUGCAGCAGCAGCUGGCUCCCGAUCCGGUCCUCGCUGGGCAGUAGCGGGAGUGCGCAGGCGCGGCUUAACGCUCUUCUAGAGCCUCGUACCAGAGCCAGACUUGCGGUGAGUGGGGUAGCGGUGCAGGACUCUUACGAGAAAGCGUGGUUGCAGCCCCAGAGGGACCCGGCCUUUGCCUCAUAUACGGAUUUCUAUAAAUUGUAAAAUAACCAUAGACACAGUGGGGAUUAAAUUAGAAGUUAGACACUCACCCUUCGCCGAAUUAGAAUUGUCAUCCAGGACCUGCCAGAAGCCACAAGAAAAAAAUGGGGAGGGUUUUCCUCUCAGGAGAAAAAGCCAACUCAGUAUUAAAACGCUACCCAAGAGCCAAUGGGCUUUUUGAAGAAAUAAGACAGGGCAACAUUGAGCGUGAAUGCAAAGAAGAAGUCUGCACUUAUGAAGAAGCCAGAGAGGCUUUAGAAAAUCAUGAAAAAACUAAAGAGUUUUGGAGCACUUACACAAAAGCACAGCAAGGAGAGACGAGCAGAGGAAGUGACUGGUUUCAAUUUUAUCUUACUUUUCCAUUAAUCUUUGGCCUCUUCAUUAUUCUCCUUGUCAUCUUCUUAAUCUGGAGAUGCUUUCUAAGAAACAAAACUCGGAGACAGACAGUGACUGAAAGCCACCUUCCUUUCCCUCAACAUCUUAACAUUAUUACAGCACCUCCACCACCAGAUGAAGUCUUUGAUAGCAGUGGAUUGUCUCCGGGCUUUUUGGAAUACGUUGUUGGGCGUUCAGAUUCAGUCUCCACUCGUCUUUCCAACUGUGAUCCCCCACCAACCUACGAGGAAGCCAUUGUCCAGGUGAACCUGAGGAGUGAAACAGAACCUCAUUUAGACCCACCACCAGAAUAUGAGGACAUAGUCAACUCCAGUUCAGCUAGUGCCAUUGCUAUGGUGCCUGUGGUCACCACUUUCAACUGAAGCUGCAAACCUCGUUUUACUCUAAUCAUUUCUAAAAUAUUAAUGGAAGAACUUUCUAGCACUUUACUACUACAUAAAUGUGUUGGCUUAUUUUAUUAGACUCUCACAGUAUACCACUUCACAUUUACUGGUUUGAUUUACCUUUACUUUUGUUUCUUAUUAUAAAAUCAUCAUCUGUGUUCAUUUUUACAAGAGGAAACAUGAAGGAAAGACAUGCUGGUGACAGUCUUUAUGUACUGUGGUGACAUACACAUGUCUGUACAAAAUAUAUACAUAUGUGUGUAUAUGUACAUGUCGCCGUAUGUCCACCAUCCACUUUGUGUACAACUAACUUCUACCGCAACACCUGUAAAGAUAUCAUUAUUCACCAAAUUGAAGAGGCAGGGGGCAGUUUAUGUGAUAGUCAGUAACAUGCAUGUUUUCUAAUUAUAUAUGUUGGUUAACAUCCCAUUACUUCUUUCUUGAAAGAAAAACGUAUGCAUGGAUUCAUCCUCAAUUUUAGAGAUAUCUCGCAGAGAGACAGAGACAGAGCAUGUAGCAUUCAGCAUAUGUACUUGAUUGUAGUACGGAACAAGGAAAUCUUUGAUCAUUAGGGCAUUUAGCUCAUUUUGUACAAUAUUUCCUCUUCUUGGCUGAUUACCACACUCUGUCCCAUUAAAAUUUGCUUAGCAUCAUUUAGUAUUUUGUGCCACUCAUAUUAACAUCUUGUUUACAAGUAAAUCAAUGUGGUGAAAUAAUUUUUAUGUUAAUGACAGGGAGUAGGCACUGACUAUUCCAUUUCUCAUUGUGUGGUGGGCAACAGUUUUUUUACACUAAUUAUUUUCUCAUUGAUACUAGGACUAUAUUCACUCAAGAAUUUAAAACCAGUUUUUGAAUUAUUUUCUUAAUGUUUUAUACAGGAUAAAAUCUUAUACUUAAAAUUAUCAAUACAUAAUUUUCCAUUCAGUCAUAAGCUGUGAUUUUUAUGUUGAUGUUCUAUUGAUGGAAGAUUACACAGUAUCUGCUAUAGUAGAUACAUGCUAAAUAUAGUUUAGUCCCACAUAGAUCUCAUUAUUGUUGCUCUUUUAUUUUAUAUUCUAUUUUUUUAAGCUGCAGUAGUUUUACUUCAUUCUCUUGUAGUAGAGGGAAUAGGCUGUGAAUGAACUGCCAAAAUAAACUGAUUUCAGAAAUAAUUUUAAAAGGUCAAAUGAGAUGGCAUGUGUACACAUAAUUUUUACAAUAUUAAGAUUUAAAUGUAUGGUCCUAAUGUUAUUAUUAUGCUACAAGGGGAUAUUUCUCCCUGUUCCCCUAGAAUUGAUCAGAGCUUUUAUAUAAUGAGAAACAGAGCAGGCUGCUCCAUAAAUAGAUAAUAUUUUUCUAAUCUGAAUGUAUGGGCUAUUACUUACCUUCAGACAUAAUCUGGACUGUACAAAAGCUCUGCCAAUUUAAGUAUAUGUUCCAGUGCUGCAUGGAAUGAAGUAAUGCUGGGAAUUACACUAAAGUACCUGAGUUAGUUUAUAGGGCUGAUAGAUUAAAUAUAUAUAUAUUGUAAUGAUAAUGGUCUCAGUUUGACAAUAUUGCUUUGAAUUUUUCCCUGACUAUAUGGUGAUUUUUACCUUCUAAUUAAGUCUGGAGUUGGAGAUGUUUGAUCCAGUGUACAAGAAAAGUUAUGGCUUGUUUAUAACUGAACAUCAAGGCUAUUUUUGUGGGGAUUUUGUGUGUGUGUGUGACACUAAUUUUAGGCUUUAGAUGAGACCAGCAAUUUUCAAAUUGUGGUGCAUAGAUCCCAGGAGUUCUCUGACAGACUUCCAUGGAAUCUGUGAAAUCAAUAUAGUUUCAUCCUAUCUGAAGACAUUUCUUGUCUCUUUAUUCUAAUUCUCUCAAAACAGAAUUGAACGAUGGAGAACAAUAGUCAUCCCACACAUCUCUUAAAAAAAGAAAAUAUAGCUAUUUUUCAUAAAAUGCCAAUUGUAUUAGCAUAUAUAUUUAAUUUUAGGUGACUUAGUGCUUUAAUUUUUUUCAGUUCAUUUCUAACAUGUUAAAUACUGAUUGUUACAAAAGUUUUUUGGAAUGUAGUUUUCCCAAAGGGUAUAAAAGGGAUCCAGAAACCAAAUUUUAAGAACUUCAGGAUUAGAAAAAAAGAACAGUACAUUUUGUCACUAAGAUAGGUUUUUGUUCUGGUAACAUUAUUUUACAUUUUGAAGGCUGAAUAUUGUAUUUAAUACUUCCUGAACCAAAGUAUAAGAAUGAAUGAUGAUUCUUGAAACAAAAGCUCAAUGUUUAAAUUGAUCAGUAAUGACAGCUGUUUAGAUUGUUGAUCAGAGAAAACUAUACUAACCAUAAAUUUCAUAGUAGCUUUUUUUCAUAAUGAGAGAAUAGUAAAAAUACUAUUUUCUUCAUGAAAUUUUACUUUACAGUUUGUUGUUGUUGUUGUGUGUGAAUGCAGUUUGGGUUUCAUACUUUAAAAAUGCUUUUUGUUGGCCCUUCUGGUUUUAUAAAAUGAGUUUCUUAACAUUUAUUAUAAGUAAGGGGUUUAUCUGGAAUAAUAUAUAUUUUAUGCUUUGCCUUUCCUACCUGAUUAAUACUGCAUUUGCCUUUGAUCAUUUUUAAUGAAGAUUUAUUUUUGCAGAAUAUACUUAAUACCUUUCUAAGCAGUAAAUAAUGGAAUUAUGCAGUUUAUAUUUAAAUAAAAGGAACUGCUCAAGGUUCCUCCAAUAGAAUGAUUUUCAGACCUCCACCUACAAUGCUUGUGUUUGGAAUCCUUGCACUGCCCUUUUUGCUUUUGUCACAAUAAAAUAUAUAUGUUUUAAAUAAAUAAAAUGAUUGCUUCUUUUCUUGUUGACCAAUAAAAAAGGAGAUGUUGUGUUUUUUUAUUGCAAAUGAUAAUUUUUUCAAGAUUGAUAAUCUGAUCCAGUAACUAAAGAGGUGGUUUUAACUUUCUUCUGUGUAAGUAACAUGCAUUUUAUUACAAUACUUCAUGCUUUUAAAUGCUUUGUUUACAUUUAAUUAUGGUCUUUAACUUUUUAUGUUUAUACUAGGUAUGAUCUUUAGGUUUUGUGUUUUGGUAUACUAAAUAAAGAUUUUUUAA